AUGGGAAAGAUUAUCUUCUAUGAAGACAAAAAUUUUCAUGGCCGCUCUUAUGAGUGCAACUCUGAGUGUCCAGAUUUGUCCUCCUACUUCAGACGCUGCAACUCCAUUCGUGUAGAAAGUGGAAACUGGAUCUUGUAUGAACAUCCCAACUACAGAGGACACCAGUAUUUUCUUCAUAAAGGAGAGUAUCCUGACUUCCAACAGUGGAUGGGUUAUAAUGACUCAAUUCGUUCUUGCCGCUUGAGCCCACAGGUAAAACUCCACAGUGGUUCAUUCAGAAUCAGGAUCUAUGAAAGAGAAGAUUUUAAAGGUCAAAUGAUGGAGUUCACUGAGGACUGUCCAGAUGUCUAUGAGAGAUUCCGCUACAAUGAAAUUAAUUCUGCUCAUGUGGAAGAUGGAUACUGGAUGUUCUAUGAAGAACCCAACUACAGGGGACGUCAGUAUUACUUGAGACCUGGAGAGUACCGGAGAUACACUGAAUGGGAAGCAACUACUCCAAGAAUUGGAUCUUUUAGACGGGUUCACCACUUUCAUUGA